AUGCGGAAGCAGCAGUUGCAGCGGUCGACGCCGACGAACCGCGCUAGAGGGCAUGGGCUUGACGUUGCAGACGACCAUGGCGCUGUGGCCAUCUCGGACGACGAGCCCGACGCGAUCAUUCCCGACGACGUCAAGGCCUACUUUGCCGGGCGCAUGGAGGGCUCGCCGUCGACGUACACGAUGGUGCAGGUGUGCGAGCACAUCUUGGAGCUGCUCGUGCAGCUCUCGCAGCGCGAAGGCACGCUGCUGCCGCUGACCUUGCGCGCCCGUGCGAUCGCAGACGGCUUGAACCUUCCACGCCGGCGCAUCUACGACGUGCUGCACAUCUUCGACGCGAUUGGGCUCGUCACGCGCGUCCCAAAAGGAAAAGGGUACUGGUACUAUGGCGAAGGCAACAUUGUGCCCACGCUCGAGCAGCUCCGGGCGCGCGCCAUGGCGGCGGUGGCCGACGUGCGCACUGCAAGCGUCGAGCAGAUUGUCCGCAUCCUCACACCGGACGCUCCGACCAAAGACGCAGGAACCGCGCUCUUGCGCACGACGACCAAGCUCCUCCGGAUCCUCUUUGCAGCCGAUCGGCCCGUUCUCCAGUCGGAACUCCGGCUCGUCGACGACAACGGGUCGGUGGCGUCGGCGUUGGCGCCGGCGCAGGAUCGGCGCACGUACGACGUGCUCACCGUGCUCGCGCGAUGCAACGUGGUGCAGAUUCGUACGUCCAACGGCGGUCCGAAGCGCGUGAGCAUCAACCCGUCGCUCUUCUCGCCCGCAUUUUCGCUCUUCGUACCGCCGCCGAGCGUUUCGACCAAGCGCAAGGGCCUGCGCUCGAUGACAGCAACGACCAAGUACCGUGCCAAGAAGCGCCGCAGCAGCAACACUGGCGUGCCCGGCUGGCGCGACUACCCGAGCUUCCUCACGCUGCCCAUGUCCGAAAGCGUCUCGAGUGCGACCGACGCCGCCAUGGCACUCGUCGACUGGGACACGCGUGGCGACUUUUGGGGCCCCGAGACGGCGGUCGAUGCGCUCUUCCCGGUGCUGGACGACGGCGGGACAUGCUGCGACCUCGACGCGCUCCUCGCAUCCGACGACUGGGACGUCUAAUAGCAUGCUACGUUGGA